ACUAGACAUUUUAUUGUUUAACGGUUUGAUAUGAAUUUAAGAUAAAAUCAAGAACUCGGCUGGGUCACUUAGACUUGUUAUACUCAUAAUUAUUGUUACACUCGGUAUUACACAACAUGGGUGAAAAACCCUCAAAAGUCACAACCUUUUGAAUAUGUACGGCCAGCUCUCGGAUCGGCGAAAGACACAACACCUGUAUGUCUCUGAGCUGCAUAUCGACGGACUGUAACAUGGUGAUGGAAAUCGUGGCCGUCUUCCCGGUGCCCGACUGGGCUUGAGCUACAACGUCGUGUCCAUUGACAAUCGGCUUUAUGGCGCGAUGUUGGAUGGCCGAGGGCCGUUAAAAACCUAAACAGCAAAAGGUAUUAGUAUACAAUAUGUAUAUUAUACGUGUGGCGCGUCCCAAUCGGUCAGAGGCGACGGGGUUAGACGAGACUUACCACAUGCGUAUAUGCCUCGGAUGAGGUCUUCCCAGAGGUUCAUCUGGUCGAAGCCAGACAGCAAUUCUGCACCUUCGCUGGACUCGUGCUGGAUGCGUAAGAAGUGGUCGGGAAGCCGGUCGCCUCUCUCCCGUCGUACGGCCAUUGUGCGUGCGAGUAAGUACGACGACAUACCCGGGUGCCUAUUGUAUCUUUGAUAGAUGAGCGGCGACGAAGACCCGAUACGGCGGAUGAUGUCUCCCGCAAGAUCCUGAAUAAUAUUCGAAAUUUCGAAAUUUUGAACCGGUCAUUUAACGCGGGCCGGGCGUCGGGACGUAAACACUAAACAAUCGCGAUGUCGAGCAGGGACCACCGAUAUUGUAAACACAGUAUACCCGGUCAAUGGUUACCCGCGUAGACGUCCCCCGUAACCACAGAAUAAUAAUAUUGUUGUGCGCGUUGGCCGGUCAUGGAGUGGAAAACGAACGGCGUGCGGCGAACAAGAACGCAACACGUCGUAGGAUAUUGAUUAUUGCCUAUUGGCCAUUGGACGCGAACUUCUGCGAAUACCACGCUCGGCCGCCGGCGUCUGCCACCAGGGAUCGUUGGUUGGUGGUCGGAGGGUGAGGGGUCAGGACCGAUGGCGGCAACGCGUCAACGACGGGCCGUUGUACUCGUAGUAUACUUGUCUAUGGUUGUACUCGUCAUUUUGCAAACGCACUGCUGACCGGCUGCCAUUGUUGUCUGUGGUCACUUUUUUAUGAAACACGUUUUCUCAACCGUUUUUUUGAUAUUUUUUCAUUGCCUAAAUUAAAAACGUUUCUUUCAUUUUUACAAACGAUUGCCCGCGGCUGGCGAGUUAGAGAAGACGACAAGUAUAAACGCUGUACCGGACAACCGCAGAGAUUUUAAAUUCAACCAUGUCGGAAGAUUUAAUAAAGAUAAUCAAUAUUUAUUCUGAAGGAAAAAAAGAAAAAGAUGGUUAUAAUGAAGAAAAUGAGUUAAACGGAGACUUUGAAAAUAAUACAGAAGAGAACGCAGAUGAGAAUUGUGAUGAACAAGAACUUAAGUUAGUUGAACGUGAUGACAAUUCGGAGGAAGAAAUUCCUAAAAAAAUAAAAAUUGACAAUGAAGAACGACCACAAAAAAGAAUGCCGAAAGACAAUGAACAAAAAAUUGAAAAUGACGUAGAUGAAAAUUGUGAAGAACAAGAACUAAAGUUAGUUGAACGUGAUGACAAUUCGGAGGAAGAAAUUCCUAAAAAAAUAAAAAUUGACAAUGAAGAACGACCACAAAAAAGAAUGCCGAAAGACAAUGAACAAAAAAUUGAAAAUGACGUAGAUGAAAAUUGUGAUAAACAAGAACUAAAGUUAGUUGAACGUGAUGACAAUUCGGAGGAAGAAAUUCCUAAAAAAAUAAAAAAUGACGAUGAAAAAGGACCACAAAAAAGAAUGCCGAAAGACAAUGAACAAAAGAUUGAAAACGACGUAGAUGAAAAUUGUGAAGAACAAGAACUAAAGUUAGUUGAACGUGAUGACAAUUCGGAGGAAGAAAUUCCUAAAAAAAUAAAAAAUGACGAUGAAAAAGGACCACAAAAAAUAAUGCCGAAAGACAAUGAACAAAAAAUUGAAAAUGACGUAGAUGAAAAUUGUGAUAAACAAGAAAUAAAGUUAGUUGAACAUGAUGACAAUUCGGAGGAAGAAAUUCCUAAAAAAAUAAAAAAUGACGAUGAAAAAGGACCACAAAAAAUAAUGCCGAAAGACAAUGAACAAAAGAUUGAAAAUGACGUAGAUGAAAAUUGUGAAGAACAAGAACUAAAGUUAGUUGAACGUGAUGACAAUUCGGAGGUAGAAAUUCCUAAAAAAAUAAAAAAUGACGCAGAUGAAAAUUGUGAUGAACGAGAAUUAAAGUUAGUUGAACAUGAUGACAAUUCGGAGGAAGAAAUUCCUAAAAAAAUAAAAAAUGACGAUGAAAAAGGACCACAAAAAAUAAUGCCGAAAGACAAUGAACAAAAGAUUGAAAAUGACGUAGAUGAAAAUUGUGAAGAACAAGAACUAAAGUUAGUUGAACGUGAUGACAAUUCGGAGGAAGAAAUUCCUAAAAAAAUAGAAAAUGACGAUGAAAAAGGACCACAAAAAAGAAUGCCGAAAGAAAAUUUACCAAAAAGUGAAAAUGACGCAGAUGAAAAUUGUGAUGAACGAGAACUAAAGUUAGUUGAACGUGAUGACAAUUCGGAGGAAGAAAUUCCUAAAAAAAGAAAAAACGACAAUGAAAAAGGACCACAAAAAAGGACAAAAUCUAACUGAAGAUCAAGAAGUUGAUUUGAAGUGCCAAUCCAGGGAAAUAUUUCUUGUUUAUCUUUCUAUUCAUAAGAAUAGCAAGAUAAAUUAACUACCUAUAUAAUUGAAUAUUUUUACAUUUUAAAUAUAAAAAUGAUUAAACCAUUUAGUUUGUUAUUU